UAAAUUUACAUUUUUAUACUAAAAUGAUCUUUAACAUCUCAUAUAAAAAACAUUCCAUGUAAAUUUAUCACAAUUAACAAUAUGUUUGAUACGGAAGGUGCUUUUGAAUUAGUGGAUCGAUUAUCUAUACAAAAAAACAUUAGUGAAAGAAGAAUAAGCAGACGUGAGAGUUUAAAAUUGCCUGACGAACCAACAUUAUUAGAAAAAAGGCUGUGCGAAGCAUUUGAUGUAUUUGAUAAUGCAAGAAAUAAUGAAGUGGAUGUUAGAGAUUUGGGUACCAUAAUAAGAGCAUUAGGAUGUGUUAUUACAGAAGCAGAACUACAAGAAAUACAAGUCCAAAUAGAAGAUGUUGAAAAUAAUUGUGUGCCAUUGAAAAAAUUUGUUGAAUAUAUGCACAAAGCGAUUAACGAGCGCAAAUUUAAACCUGCAGAACCUGAAGAUCUAUUAAAAGCAUUUCAGUUACUAGAUCCUGAUAAUCGUGGUUAUAUUAUGAAAGAUGAAUUAGAAAAAACUCUGAUGGAAAUCGGAGAACCUUUUACUAAAGAUGAAAUAGCGGAUAUGAUGUCAGUUGCUUGUGAUUCAGCAACAAAAAGAAUUUAUUAUGAACACUAUAUCAAUUUACUGAUUGUGGAAUAAAAAACUUACAAUAUGUUCGAGACCUUCUUGAACAGAAUGAUCCCUCGAAUAUACCAAACUUAAUUUGGAACCUUGUAUCGCGACAGGACUUUUACUUGCUAUUUCUUCAGCAAAUUCUAUCGAUUUAUCUAACAAACUAUAUUCAAAUAAAUGGAAUUAUUAUUGCUGUAUAAGUUCCAAAUAUAUUUUCAA